GCGGCACCCGUAUCGGUUUGGGAGCUGCGGCGCGAUCAGUCAAUCAAGCAGCAGCAGUCAACGGUCGCAACUUGCUUGAAUUGGACAACAGGAGGGAUUCAUUUACUGGAAUCUGCACUGAUCAAUCUGCAUACCGCGUAUCUACUUGAUUCGAGUUGGUGGUGACGAGAGCCUCCGUGAAGUCCACUCGCGCAAGCCGCAGCCAUGACGAGCAUCGAUGAGCUCUUCAAGAAACCUUCAUCUGCAGCGAGUUCAAAGCGCAAAUUUGAUGCCUCGAAAGACCCAAAUGAGCUCUAUAAAGCGGCUAAGCUGGACGCGGGCGGAGAUGUCAAAUCAAAAGGGAAGGCGGCAAUAGUAGAAGAGGAAGGAGGCGACGCAGAGGACGACUAUGCCGGCCCAGAAUUACCCCCGGAUUUCGAGGCCGAAGAUGUCCCCGACGACGAAGAAGGUCGCUUUUUCGGCGGUGGUAUGGAGCGCCAGACCGCUCAGGCUAUGCAAUACAUUGACCAGCAUGAAGAGGAGGAGGCAUCGCUGGAGAAAUUUGACCUUGCCUGGGUGCGACGAUUCGCCCUGAAUUUCGAGAAGAAGAUAUCCAAGAAUGCCGAGCUCCGCGGAAAAUUCGAGAAUGAUCCUCAAAAGUUUAUGGCUUCGGAGGCGGACCUCGAUACUGAGAUCAAGGGCCUAUCGAUUCUCUCCGAGCACCCCGAACUGUUCGAUGAAUUCGCAAAGCUGGGCUGCGUUGGCUCACUCGUAUCCUUACUCUCCCAUGAAAACGCCGAUAUCGCGAUCGAUGCCAUCCAGAUCAUUGGUGAAUUGACUGACGAAGAUGUGGAAGCUGAGCAGGAGCAAUGGGACACACUUGUCAACGCUAUGUUGGAUGCCGACCUUGUCGAACUACUAGCGCAAAACCUGUCUAGGCUAGACGAAGAAUCCGAGGUUGACAGAGCAGGGGUAUACUACGUGCUAAAUGUUCUUGAAAACCUCGCCUCGCAAGCGUCAAUCGCAGAGAAGAUAGGGAAGGACCCCAAUGUUCUGCCUUGGCUCAUAUCUCGUAUUCAGAAAAAGGAAAGGCCUGUGAGCCAGAAUCAACAAUACUCGGCUGAAAUUCUGGCCAUCCUACUACAGUCUACGGCCAAGAAUCGCGAGAGAUUCGUGAGCUUGGACGGCGUUGAAGUUCUUCUUCAAUUACUCAGCCAAUAUCGCAAGCGUGAUCCAGAGAAAGAUUCUGACGAGGAGGAAUAUGUCGAGAACUUGUUUGACUGUUUGAUUUGCGUCGUUGAUGAGGAAUCUGGCAAGGACAAAUUCCUGCAAAGUGAAGGGAUUGAACUCGCUCAGAUUAUGCUGAAAGAAGGGAAGUUCAGUAAACAGAGAGCUUUACGAGUUCUGGAUCAUGCUCUAGGCGGUGCAGCAGGUGCAAGUGCUUGCGAGAGGUUCAUCGAAGCAGCAUGUUUGAGUACUGUAUUUGGCAUGUUCAAGCGCAAGCAAGAGAACCAGACGGUCGAACAUUUACUGGGCAUUUUUGCUUCUCUCCUGCGCCUGCUACCGGGGGGGUCCGCGCCGCGUAUACGUACGCUUGCCAAGUUCAUGGAGAAGGACUAUGAAAAGAUCGAGAAACUCGUCAAGCUACGACGGGAUUAUGCUUCGAGAGUGUCUCCCGUCGAGCAAGCGAUCGAGAACGAACGGAAAAGCUUUACACCAGAGGAACAGGAGGCCAUGGUCAGCGAAUGGCUAUCCCGCCGGUUUGACGCUGGGCUGUUUUCGCUUCAGCUCAUUGACGUGAUUCUGGCUUGGCUCGUCGCCGAAGAUGAUGGAGCCAAGAGGAAGAUUGUUUCCCUUCUCGCAGACCGAGAUGAGGAUUUGUCUUUGAUCAAAGCUACCUUACAAGAGCAAGUAGAAGGUCUUUCGGAGGAAGAUCCGGGGCAAAAGGACCAUAAGGAGAUGCUGGAGACACUUCUUCAGUUUGACCGUGACCGAUUAUCUGUCAGGAUGGCCGACUACGAAGAUGCCUACGAGGAUGAGUACUACGAUGAUAUGGACGAGGGGAUUACGUCGGAGGAUUGCUGGACCGUCAUCUCGUCCUUCUUCGACACCAAGGGUCUGGUUUCACAGCAGCUAGACUCUUUCGAUGAGUUCAUCUCGUCAACGAUGCAGGAGUUGGUGGAGGAACAAGGCCAAGUGACACUGGAUCAGACGCUCCCCCCCGCCGAAGAUGAAGUCGACCCGGUUGUUGUCCGCCGAUACGAGCUCAAGUUCGGAACCGUCAUGCUCUCCCGCCCCUCCGUGACGGAAGGUGAUGGUGCGACGACCAUCAUGUUGCCGCAGGAGGCUCGUCUACGUAACCUUACAUAUGCCAGUCCUCUAUACCUGGGUGUUACCAAGAAGAUUAUGGAAGGUCGGGAACGUCUGAUCGCCGACCGGGAUGAGGAUGAGAUGGGUGACCCGAGCGAGGAUCGGAAAGCUCAUGGCACCUAUCUUUCGUGGGAGCAGAAGGAACUACCCGCUGAUCAAGCUAAGGAGGAGACGGUGUUCAUCGGAAAGGUGCCCAUUAUGCUCAAGUCCAAGUACUGUAUCCUUAAGGACUUGAGCGAACAGGCUCUCUACAACUGGAACGAGUGCCCUUACGACUCGGGCGGUUACUUCAUCAUUAACGGCAGUGAGAAGGUUCUGAUUGCCCAGGAACGCAGUGCUGGCAACACGGUCCAGGUUUUCAAGAAGGCACCACCCAGUCCCACACCUUAUGUUGCUGAAAUUCGCAGUGCUGUCGAGAAGGGUUCGCGGCUUUUGUCACAAUUGUCUCUGAAGCUGUUCGCGAAAGGUGAUAGUGCCAAAGGUGGAUUUGGUCCCACGAUUCGGUCAACACUGCCCUACGUGAAGACCGAUAUUCCAAUUGUGGUUGUUUUCAGAGCUCUCGGAGUGGUCUCCGAUGAAGAUAUCCUGAACCACAUUUGUUAUGACCGCAACGACACACCUAUGCUGGAGAUGCUGAAGCCAUGUAUUGAAGAAGGUUUCGUCAUUCAGGAUCGCGAGGUCGCACUUGACUUCAUCGCCAAGCGUGGGUCUUCCCAGUCCAGCAUGAACCACGAACGCCGUGUCCGUUAUGCUCGUGAGAUCAUGCAGAAAGAGUUCCUCCCGCAUAUCUCCCAGAGCGAAGGUAGUGAGACGCGGAAAGCCUUCUUCCUGGGUUACAUGGUGCACAGGCUUCUCCAGUGUGCUCUGGGUCGCCGGGAUGUCGACGACCGUGAUCAUUUCGGUAAGAAGCGCCUGGACUUGGCCGGUCCUCUUCUUGCGAACCUUUUCCGAGUCUUGUUCACCCGCGUCACCCGCGAUCUACAGCGGUAUGUUCAGCGGUGCGUGGAGACGAACAGAGAGAUUUACCUGAAUAUUGGUAUCAAGGCUAGCACCUUGACGGGAGGAUUGAAGUAUGCUCUUGCUACGGGUAACUGGGGCGAGCAGAAGAAGGCAGCCAGCUCCAAGGCCGGUGUGUCUCAAGUGCUCAGUCGUUACACUUACGCCUCCACCUUGUCCCAUCUUCGCCGAACCAAUACACCCAUCGGGCGAGACGGAAAGAUUGCCAAGCCUCGUCAGCUUCACAACACUCAUUGGGGCCUGGUGUGUCCGGCUGAAACCCCUGAAGGUCAAGCUUGUGGUUUGGUCAAGAACUUGGCUCUCAUGUGCUACAUCACUGUCGGUACGCCCAGCGAGCCUAUCAUUGAUUUCAUGAUUCAGCGUAAUAUGGAAGUCCUCGAGGAGUUCGAACCUCAAGUGACACCGAACGCUACCAAGGUAUUUGUCAAUGGUGUCUGGGUUGGUAUCCACAGAGACCCCGCUCACCUUGUCAACACGAUGCUUUCCCUUCGUCGCCGCAACAUGAUUUCGCACGAGGUCAGUCUGAUUCGAGACAUUCGUGAGCGGGAGUUCAAGAUUUUCACCGAUGCUGGACGUGUCUGCCGACCGCUCUACGUCAUUGACAAUGACCCGAAGAGUGAAAACUGCGGCUCUCUGGUGCUCAACAAAGAACACAUCCGCAAACUGGAACAAGAUAAAGACCUGCCUCCAGACUUGGAUCCAGAAGACCGCCGCGAUCGUUACUUCGGUUGGGAUGGCCUGGUGAAGUCUGGUGUAGUGGAGUAUGUCGAUGCUGAAGAAGAAGAGACCAUCAUGAUUUCCAUGACUCCGGAAGAUCUCGAAAUUUCCAAGCAACUCCAGGCUGGUUAUGCUCUUCCGGAUGAGGAGCUACACGAUCCGAACAAGCGUGUACGCUCCAUUCUGAGUCAAAAGGCGCACACUUGGACUCACUGCGAGAUCCAUCCCAGUAUGAUCCUUGGUGUUUGUGCCAGUAUCAUUCCCUUCCCAGAUCAUAACCAGUCUCCCCGUAACACCUAUCAGUCCGCUAUGGGUAAACAAGCCAUGGGUGUCUUUUUGACGAACUUUGACCAACGUAUGGAGACGAUGGCCAACAUCCUUUACUACCCUCAAAAGCCCCUGGCCACAACGCGGUCCAUGGAAUUCUUGCGAUUCCGUGAGCUCCCGGCUGGCCAAAACGCAAUUGUUGCCAUCGCUGUCUACUCUGGUUAUAACCAGGAAGAUUCCGUUGUAAUGAACCAGAGCAGUAUUGAUCGUGGUUUAUUCCGCAGUCUCUUCUACCGUACUUACACCGACAGCGAGAAAAUGGUGGGAUUGCAAGUCAUUGAACGCUUCGAGAAGCCGAUGAGAUCGGACACCCUCGGCAUGCGGAAGGGAACCUAUGAUAAGCUCGACGAGGACGGCAUCAUCGCCCCGGGUGUUCGUGUCUCCGGCGAGGAUAUCAUCAUCGGUAAAACCGCACCUCUGGCUCCAGACGCAGAGGAGUUGGGCCAACGGACCAAGGCGCACACCAAAACGGACGCUUCCACUCCCCUCAGAAGCACGGAGAAUGGUAUCGUGGACCAGGUGUUGGUAUCUACGAGUAACGACGACCUGAAGUUCGUCAAGGUACGCAUGAGGACGACCAAGGUUCCCCAAAUUGGUGACAAGUUCGCCUCGCGUCACGGACAGAAGGGUACCAUUGGUAUCACCUAUCGUCAAGAGGAUAUGCCAUUCACUCGUGAGGGUGUGGCUCCCGACUUGAUCAUCAAUCCUCACGCCAUUCCUUCUCGUAUGACAAUUGCCCACUUGAUUGAGUGUCAGCUUAGUAAGGUUUCUGCGCUACGUGGCUUUGAGGGUGACGCCACACCAUUCACCGACGUCACGGUCGACUCAAUCUCUCGUCUUCUUCGUGAACACGGUUACCAGUCUCGUGGAUUCGAGGUGAUGUACAACGGCCACACUGGACGGAAGAUGGUGGCCCAGGUCUUCUUGGGGCCGACCUACUACCAGCGUUUGCGCCACAUGGUGGACGACAAGAUCCAUGCCCGUGCACGUGGGCCUACGCAGAUCCUGACGAGACAGCCUGUGGAGGGUCGUGCCCGUGAUGGUGGUCUUCGAUUCGGAGAAAUGGAGCGCGAUUGUAUGAUUGCGCACGGAGCCAGUGCCUUCUUGAAGGAGCGGUUGUUCGAUGUGUCCGAUCCCUUCCGCGUGCAUAUCUGCGAUGACUGUGGCUUAAUGACCCCGGUUGCAAAACUCAAGAAAGGUCUAUUCGAGUGCCGACUGUGCAACAACAAGCACCGUAUUUCGCAGGUGCAUAUCCCAUAUGCAGCCAAGCUCCUGUUCCAAGAGCUGGCCUCGAUGAACAUUGCCGCUCGCAUGUUUACCAACCGGUCUGGAGUGUCCGUGCGGUGAGAGAGAAGAAGGAAUACCAUCCAUGUACAUCAGUUGAAUUUCUUUUUCUUUUCUUUUUCUUCCCCUCUCUUUUCUCACCCCCGCCUCUCUAUAUCAUGAUAAUUUCCUUUCUCGUCUUCCGGUUGUUUUUUUUUUUUGUUUUAUUUUUUCCCCAUUGAAUUUGCUUCCCAUCCUUCUCCACCAUCAAAAUCUGCGGUAUCAACCGAAGACCCGACUGAUUCGGCAUUUUCCGGCGUACAAAGGAUCUGAAGGUUGCGAUUUUCUUUUGUUUUUUUUUUUUUUUUUUUUUUUUUUUU